GUUUUUAUCCAAUACAAAAUGUCUCUUCAACACUUCUUAACAUCGCAAUUUUCCUUUUUAUUUUUAGUUUUAAAUGUUCCACGGAUUUUUUCCUCGACAAAUUGUACUUGCGUGCCUUAUUACCAAUGUUCGGAAGAUAUGGAAAAAGUUUUAAUAGAUGGAAAUGAAUUGUUAGACGUUCGCGGAUUUAAAUCGCAUUGUAAAGGUUAUUUCGACGUUUGUUGCGUUUUACCAAAAACACAAAACACCACAAUUGUACCUAAUUUUAAAAAAGGAUGUGGGUACAAGAAACGCGAUGAUUACCCAUGGUUGGCCACUUUAUAUUUUCAAGAAGACAUAGCUACAAAACCCAUUCCACGUUGCGGAGUUUCUUUUAUCCAUAAACAAGUCGUUUUAACAGCUGCGCAUUGUUUUAAUGUUAAUCAUGGAUUAUGGACUAUUCAAAUUGAUGAUACAACAAUAAAUACAAAAACGAUAAAGAAACACCCCAAAUUUAAUCCAUUAACGCUUCACAACGACAUUUCUGUAAUAAUUUUAGAAGAACCAUUUGAUGCAAUCACCCCUGAGCAAAUAAUAUGCAUCCCACCACCAGGAUUCGUUCCAAAACCUGGUCGUUGCCUCGUUGGAUCAUUUGAUAAAACUAACUCCAUAGAAGAAGAUAUCAAAAUCGUUGAAUUAAUUGAUUUACCUAUCGUUGACAACAAAAAAUGUUUAAAAUCGUUACGUCAAACUCGUUUAGGUGAAUUUUUCCAACUCCAUCACAGUUUUAUUUGCGCCGGGGGCGAAGAUCAUAAAGAUACAUGCCAUGGUGAUGGAGGUAGCCCUUUAGUUUGUCCAAUAAGUGACCAACCUGGAAGAUAUCAUCAAAUUGGGAUUGUUUCUUGGGGAAUUGGUUGUGGGGAGUUAAACACACCAGGGGUUUAUGUGAAUGUAGCAAUUUUUAGGGAAUUUAUUGAUAAAGUUAUGAUUGAUAAUGGUUUUGAUAUGAAUAGUUAUAAAUAUUAA